AUGGCGACACCCAGCAUGACCCCUCGCACCGAGGAGGAUGAAUAUGAAGAAGACCCUCGAUUCGACGAUGCCGAUGUCACGACGAUCCCCUUCGCGCAGCAGCCGGCCUACGGUCGCGGUCUAUGGAAGAACCCCAUACAAUUUGUCUCUGCCACGCCAGACAACCCCAUCGCAACUGCUCCUGGCAAAGGCAAUACCAUGGCUGAGAAAUACAUGGCCAUUAUGUUUCCAAAUGGUCAACCGCAGCCAAAGGCGGACGCAUAUCCGGCAUGUGGCAUAUGUGGCGAGCCUGUCAAGGAAAAAGACCAACGAAUGCACUUCCUCAGCCCUGCACACCAAGCUGCACUGCCUCGAGCGCCCAUACCUUCAGCCAUAGACCGGACGAGGAUGGGGCUCAAGUACAUGUCGAAACACGGAUACGAUGUCGAUGCGCGGGUUGGCUUGGGCGCGAGUGGUCAAGGCAUGCUGUUCCCGCUCGUGCCCAAGGAGAAGAGAGACAAAUUCGGGCUAGGCAUAGACAAGAAAGAGCACGAGAAGAAGAGAGCCCUGGGCGGCGCAAGUGCCGCAGACGUCAAAGAGGGUCGGCUGGAUGCUGGCAAGGUUAGGAAACUUGCAAAGGUGGAGAAGAGGAAGCACGAUAAGCUACAGAGGAUUUUCUACGGCAAUGAUGAAGUCGAGAAGUACCUCGGCCAGCUGGAUGGAUAG